UCAGCGUUGUGCUUGUAGUUGAAAUAAUAAUAAAACUUGCAUUUAAGUAGUUAUGGGAUUAUUCUAAUUAGUAAUUUCAACAAUUCUAGAUUCACGUCCUUAUACGCAUACAUAUUUCAAUGAUUUAGUUUAUAGAAGGCGGUAAAAUGAAAAUGUCGUCUAACCUCUAAAUGUCAUUUUUAAAUUAUUAAACGUUAAUUUAAAAGUAACAAUAAUAUGCAGAAAUUACAAAAUAGUGUGUUUUCAAUUCUAAAAACCUCCAGCCUAUCACCUGCGGUGUUUAGUUUUCUUCAACCGACUACAGACAGUUCGGACCAAACACCGUUAGGAGGUAUUCUAAGGGAUACGAAGUAUGGCUGGCUCGCUUUGGGACCUAAAUUCUGCAUUGUCGAUCUUCGCAGCGGCCUUAAGAUCGGCGCUCAUAGUUUCGAAUUUUUUGGAAUCAGCAGGAACAUAUCAGUAGCAUGUGUGGUAGAAUUGCCCACACCACUUGCAGAAAAUACCCAACAGUUGGUGAUAAGCUUAGAAUGCGACGACACAACCGGUAUGAUAUGUGUCCUCAACAUCAAUGGAUCACAGCUACUACGCUGCUUACAGACUGAUGUGGUCAUUACAAAACUAUCAGCAUGUGAUGCGGUUCCGACGGGACCGUUUGAAUGUUUUGAUGGCAUGGUUAUGGCUGGAACACAAAAUGGAGAAAUUAUUGUCUUUGAUCUCAACAGAAACUGUUUGAUGCAAGCAUUAAAAGAUGUAACCAAUGGGUAUGAACAGUACAUAUUAGGAGAAGACAAUGCAGCCAACUUGAUAUUCCUCCCAAUGAAAUCCAUCCACAAAGUAGAGCGACAGAGACAACAGGCACUUGAGAAUAAUCACCAUCUGGCAGUGUUGCUGAAUGAAAACUCUUUUGUUGAUGGCCAAUAUCUAUUCUGCAACCCAGACGGUACAAUACGAAUGAAAGCCAAGAGAGACCAUGUUAGAGUGACAGUUGUGGAAUAUAUACCACAGUUGGGUAGUUUGGCUGUUGGAUUCAAUUUUGGUGCAUUCCAACUGUGGGACUUACUGUCUUUAAAGUUGGAAUUUACUUCACAGAUUAAUGUUGAGUGCUUGCCAGUAACGCAUUUUGGAUUUCAGGAACCAUGUGAUGAUCCAAGGGCCUUUUGCUACUUAUGGGUAGUUUUCUCUGUGAUAGACAGACGUGAGGACGAGGAGUUCCCUUUGGCUGUGAUGUACUCAUUAACAUAUUUAGGCAAAAGAAUGUUGACUGAUAGUGCUUGCAUAUAUCAGGACUUUUCAACAGCAACAAUCCGUUUUCAAAUUGAACUUGGUUCAGUGGAAGAUGGCACACCACUCGUCGGCGGCCGAUGUAUAUCAUGCCAUACAUACUCCAUCAGUUCCAUUUUAGCAGAAGAAGGGGAGGAUACCAUGUUAAACCUAUGUCAACUUGUAUGGGAGUGCUGGGGUGAAAACAUAAACAACACUCUGCAACACGGAAUGCUACUGUUUGACUUGGACCAGUGGUAUAAAGAUCAGAUGCCUGCUACAUACAACCUCGAGAGUUCAGCGUUUAUGAGCACAGCUAUCAGUCCAGCGACGGGCCGCGGCGCCAACACGUUGGACUUACGACUGGACCCAACUACAUUGUCUCCGUACUCGCACGCAACUCGACUAGAGGAGCAUUUCUAUCCCAACUCACUGCAGUAUAGUUGCGUAUGUCUCAACACCUCUGAGGCAUUAGUGAUCCACACCGUUGGUAUUCAGCGGCAAAUUGUAAGGUCGAUGUGGGAGGCGGGGCCGGGCUGCCUAUUGCGGCCGGCGAGGCUCCACACUGCUUGCCUGUCCGCUGGCCUGACGCCGUUGUAUGGAGAUACACGUCCGGAUCUUUCGCCGGAAGAGCAGCGUCGUUUCCUCCUGUCAGUUGCUCUGGAAGCUCGUUUGUCGCGGUUCCUCAAGCGGUGCGCACAGGACUGGGCGACCGGCACUCACAGCGGUGUGGGUUGCACUUUGACAUUCCUGACUGACUGGUGUUGGAAGAGAGCAAUCGAGUUAAAGGAGAACGCUAAAGAGCUGACCGCGCCCCUAUUUACUUCAUCAAUAUUGCCUGAUAAAAACGUCGUAAGGUGUUUAGAACACUGCGUGCAACAACUUGGCCAACUUACAGGACUUCUUGAUGCCAUAUUGACAAAAUGCUGCAACCUCGUUAUACCUGAAGCUCUCAGCGAGACAGAGGAGAAGUAUAAAGGUGUGGGCACAGUGUCGCUCUACUUCCAAGUGGUACAGUGGUUUCUGCGAGUUGGUCUGCUACCGGAGCGCGCGCCGCCUUUACCCUACCCGGCAAGACAGCUGCGUAGCAUUUAUUAUAAGAGGCGGUGGAAACUCCAUCGUCUACAAGACAAGCCAGACGAAGAGUUUGAAGACAAACCCUGCGAACUCCUGUACAUCGACCAGCUUAUUGAGCACGAGUUUGGCGGGGAAGCUGUUUACAGUUCGUGGCGUCGCACCGGGGACGCUGGCACGUACCCUGCGAGUUCGUUAGCGGCAGUCGCACGGUUGUAUCUGCGUGCCGACGUCCAUCAUGAUCACAAGCAUGCGCUACUACUGUAUUUGCUGCUUGACUACUGCGCGCUGUAUGAUGACGUCAGAUACGAGGCAGUUAUCCGUCGACUGAUGCAGUUCCCGACUAUGUUCGGUCUCAGUAACACCGCUAUCAAGGCAACGCAGGCGUUCUGGCAUCUAGAUCAUAGGGACUUUGAUUUUGCCCUAGAUCAACUGCAAUGUCUAACUGGUAACACUUUAUCGGACUGGCAACACAAAGUGGUACUAUCCGCGUUGCUAGCUCAGAAGAAGUCCCAAGCUGCGCUCCAGUACUUGCAUGUUAGAAAGCCGGCUCCUAUACAUAAAGUAGACAAAGACCUGAGCAGAAUCAAUGAGUAUGAUAAGCUAGAAGAUUGGCAGUCAUGUUGUAAUUUAUACCUAGCGAGAGGUCUCGUGUUUGAAGCGUUAGAUGUUAUAAGGACGUGUGUGAAAAAUGCUCCAACUAUUGAUGAGAAGGCGCAAGUGUUGAAUUUCUUUUAUGAAGGAUGUCGCAAUACUGGUCAGCUGUCGAAGGUAUUGCAAGUAUCACUUUUACCGUUUGAAGAGGAGGUAUUCAUAAAGUAUUUACAAGACUGCAAUGAUGUACAGACUUCCGAUAUUUUGUUGCUUUACUAUCUUCAACAAGCGAGGUAUUUGGAAGCGGAGCUGUACUGCACGCUGACGAAAUCGCGUCACAAGGGUGACGUCACCGAAGCGGCGCACACAUUAGUCGACGUCGCAGCGCGCGCCGUGCCGCACAUCGCGACGCAGGUCGCCCGCACCGCCGCCGGACACGUCGCCGGUGAGCGCGUGGUUGCACCCAAGCCAAUGUCUGUGUUCAUACAAGCGUCUUCUCCAAAAAACUCCUUUACAUAUAAAUCAUCAUUUAUUCAGGAUACCAUAGAAAAUGCGAGCGAGACAUGGGUAAAUAAACCUAAAACUAGGAAAGGCAUAAAACGAGCUCUGAAUAUUGAAGAAACGCCAUUUAUUUGUACUCCCAAACUGACUAAAACAAAAAGUUACCUAUCGUCAAACGAGGUACAAUGUACGCCACCUAAACGUCCCAAAAUCGAGUCGACGGUCAACACAGCGACGCCGGUCAGCGCAACAUUGUCGCGGCAAAUGGCGGCGUUACUGGAUAUGCCGGAGCCGUCGCCGAUACGUGACAGACUGCGUCCGGAUACGCCACAGAGUAUAUUGAAGAACCGUCAUCACUCGCACGAGAGGGAUAUGUCGCCGACGGACUCGCGGUACCUCGGCAGCGACGACGAAAUGGAGACGGCCAGCAACCACACUAAUUGCAGCGACGCUAAGCACCUAAGGUUCACAAUACCGACCGCGUCGGAGUCCGGAUCUACGCCAUCGCCUGUACCGAUACCGGCGUCAAACGUGUACGACGAACGGGCAAGCGAGGAGAGACAACAGAGUGAAGAGAAAUAUGUGCCUGAAAAUGACAUGUCGCCACCGAAAAAGUUUGCUGUCGAAGAUAUCAAACCGAGAAAGACGUUGAAAGAUACUGUCCGCGCAAGGAAGUCUCUAUCGAUAUCGGUUAACAGCAGUCUGUCGGAAGAUCCGAGCAUGUCAAUUGAAAGCAUUGCAGACAUAUCCGUGACCCUGUUGAAUCCGCGCCACCCUCGCCACAGGCGGUCGCCACAACCAGCCACAGAGUCGCUGCAACGCUUGUCUGUGUCACCACAACCGGUUGAAUCGCUACAACGCUCGUCGCAUUCGCCAGAACGUUCGUCGUAUACCCCACAGACUUCGUCGCCACAGCGUUCUCUGCGAUCGCCACAACACGAUUCCGGAGAUGAUGAACCGAAACAGAGCUUCGUACCAAAGACUCCACAGGGCAGGCGAAGUAUCAGACGAAGUCAAGAUAGAUUAUUGAGUAAUCAGCCAGAAACUCCAAGUAACAGACGUGUCAUGACCCCCGAGCGGGUAGACUCGCCUAUCGUCACACCGCUCAGACCUAUAAGGGGUACAAGAAGCAGGUCUCGUACCCCAGAGCUCAGUCCUAAGGCGCUGGCGCCGAUACCGGAGUUAGCCAAGGAGGACAGUGAACCACAUCCGCCAUCAGCUCUCACUGUGCCAAGAAUACUCAGGAGUAGAUCUCGCACUCCGGAGCGAGUGGUAAGCGUGAUGGAAUUGCCCCGGCUGGAGGCCAUAGCGGAGUCCCCCACUAAGGAGGCGCAGGCUUCGCCGACACGGCGGAGUUUAAGGAGCCGAUCCCGCACGCCAGAGGUCGAAGUAGUUGUUGAACAACCACAGAGCCCACGAAGCUUGAAAAGCAGGUCUAAAACACCCGAAAAAAUGAUGUCACCGAAGAAAGAUCAAGCUGCGCGUACUAGAAAAUCACUCUCCAGAAUGGUGCUAGAACACAACACAUUCGCCAAAUCCAAGCAAACGGAAAAGACGGACUCGGAUCCAGCCGAAGAAAAUAACGCCAUAGAAUGCACUCCUAUGAAAGCGAGUGGCACUGCCACGAGUCUUUUAGAUGUUACAUUCUCGCCAAUAGUUAAUAAAUCAGUUCUCCAAAGUCCCUCAGACAGUAUAGUCUCCACAGAAACGUCGAAAAACGAGGAAAGUGACAACAGCGCAAAGCUACCAGAUUUCACGACAAUCAAUUACAACUUUUCUAAAAUGGAAAAAUCUGUUCUACGAACCUACCACAGUAGUAUGGAAGUAUCUUCGUCGAGUUUUACUUACGAAAAAAAGGUUGAAGAGAGUGUGAAUACUGGCACCUCUAAAUUGCCUUCGUUCGGUACAAUCAGUGAUAAUUUUGGUAAAUCUGUGCUAAAGAGUUGUGAAAGUAGCGUCGCUGAAACUAGCAGUCAAGAGAAGGAGCAGGAAGUCCCAAGUUUCAAUAUCAAAUCUAUCAACGAGACUGGAUUUGGAAAAUCGGUGCUUGGUAGCUAUGAUAGCAGUGUUAUAUCUGAAGACUCAAAAACUGUUGGUAUUGAGAAUUCCAAUAUCAUGACCAGCGACAGCGAAGUAGAUGUUAGUAAGAACUGGAAAUCAGAGUCAGCCAAAGUUAUACAGAAGGAGAAGGAGAAAAUUGUGGAAAUCGAGCGAGAAAUAAAUGAGAUUGAAGGUGAAAUGUCUGAGGAUGAAUGUCGAGCUGCAACCGAUUCUGAUGAAGAAAUGGCCGAGGAGGAAGAAGAAUCAAAUGAAAGUUCAGAAAAUACUACUACAGAAGACGAUGAUUCAGAAGGCUCUGAAGAGAAUAUGGAAGUUAUAUCUAUAGUUGAUUCAGAUGAUUCGGAUUCAGGUGGAAAAUUAGAAAUUGAUGAACCAUCAUCAGACGUGCCGGCUGAAACUGAAAAUGCUCAAAAUAUUCCAGUGCAAGAAGAAAAGCUAGUAGAAACACAAUCUGUUUUUAUUGAAGCUAAACAUGCUGAAACAGCAACACAAGAAGAGGAUAAACAAGUGGCCAACGAAGUAGAAAAAGUAUAUGAAUUAAAUACGCAAGCUGCUGUAGAUGAAAUACUAGGGGUAGAUGCUAGCUGUAUUGAUCCUUUGAAUCAAGGUCACUUGUCUAUGCUUACUGAUGAUAACUCUGUUAUUGAAUCUGAUCAGUCUGUAAAUCUUAAUUAUUCAGAUGAAAAAGUUGAAAACGCAGAAACGGCACAAAAUAGAAAAGAUAAUGAUGACAAAGAAAGUGAAGACAAAAAUACGCAAACAGCUAAUGUUGUAAGUGACAAAGAGCAACAAGUAGUCGUAGAACAAGAAACUAAAGAAAUUCAGACAGAAAAUAAAAAGGAAAUUGAAACUAGUGAACAAACUAUAGGUGAAAAAUCAGAAAUAGAGACUGUAGGUAAAGAAAGAUUAAAAGAAAGCGAAAAAGAAAGUAAUAUUGUUAUGCCUAGUCAAACACAGAAAGAAAUUGUCGAACAAGAUCAAGUAGUUACAUCAAGCGAAAAAACUUCUAAAACCCUAACAAUAGAAGAGAGAAAAACAACGGAUGAUCCAAUAGAACCAAUACAAUCUGCACAACCUAAAACAGAUGAAGAUAUACAAACUACCAAAGAUGCAUCUCAAGAAAAGAAAGACAACAUGGAAGUUGCAGAAGACGUUGCAACAAAAGAAAAAGAAGAGAACGUAGCACCGGAAGAAAUAAAAGACAAGAUGGAAGUAACAGAAGAAACCACAAAAGAAAAUGAGUUAGAAACACAACAGGAAGAAGUUAAAAAGUCGCGAACAAGGAAGCGGAGUAUUUCGACGUCUUCUAAUAAAUCAAAAGGUCCCGUAGAAAAGGAUGAACCUAGGACUCCAAUGACAAGAAAACGCUCGCAGUCUAUCACUGAAGCUCAAAUUACACCAGAAACAAAAGAAGAAGAAAGCACACCAAACACAAGACGAAGAGCUAAAACGCCAAGCUCAGAAGUGAGAAGAAUUCUCACCCGGAGAGCGUCUAAAGAACUAUCCGAGUCAAAGAUUGAAGAGGAAGUCACGGAGGAAGUAGUAACACCGAAAAGAUCUACUCGUAAGAGUAAAAAGGACGACGAUAAUGCCAGUGUAGUAUCGGAUAGUUCGACAAAAUCUAACAAGAGUGCAGUAGAAGAAGUAAAGGCUGCACCGAUAAGGAAGGGAAGGAAAUCUAUAUUGAGUACCAAAACUGACCUCUCUGUGAUACCAGAAACUACUACAGAGGAGGCAUCUAAAGAUAAUACGCAGGAUAUCCUCAAUGAAUAUUCUACCGCGAGAAGACUGACGCGUCAUCAGAAAGCAGUACUAGACUCGUGGCUGGAACCUCGGAGUCCUCAGACACGACGAUCAUCUCGCCCCGCCACGCCGGCCGACAACGCGCCUGAUGAUGAUGAAGGGUCGGUGGACACUGACGGAACGCGAUCUCCCGACUCCUCGGCUUCUAAAACUAAACCGGCGCGGUCUUCACGGGCCGCUUCGGAAACUAAAGUAGUGGCGAAACCCCUGCGAGCCACGCGUAGAAUAUCAGAGGAUGUCGCGGCGAGUCCCGAAGUGAGUUCCCCCGCGAGUCGUGGUCGUCGCGCGUCGUUCAACCGCGCGGUCACCGCGUUACACACACCCACGCGACGGACCUCCACUGACCAGAAAUCGGCAGCGGACAGUCGUGAAGGGUCUCCGGUGGUGGCGGAGGUGACCACGCCCCGACGCGGCAGGCGGCCUUCGGCGACCGGCAGCGCUACUAGAUCAAGGAAAACUUCAGAAAAGAACAAGGAAUAAAUCAAUAUUGUUUUUACAUCUCUAGUGUUAAAUGUUAGUUUUUUGCAUAAAAAAUAAAACUGUAAGAAGCAAUGGA